GUCACGUAAUACAGCUUUCAUCUGAAACCUUGUAUCGUGGCUAUGUGAUUAUUUCAAUAUUUACGGUUUAGAUUUAGAGAAACAUCGCUAUUGUUAAACUCCUAUUACAAAGCAUGCCAAGAAAAGGUAGAGGGGCUUAUUAAAUCCACUUUCGUGUUUUAAACAUCCGUGAUAAGUGUCAGCAAACCUGGAGUUUUUUAGAUUCUGUGAAUCUGAGAUUUGAGGAUAUCGUAAAUAUGAGUGUUAAUGGUGACUCUACAAGGCUUCUUGAUCGGAAACAUGUUUGGAAAACAUUCAAUCUUUGAUUUCCCCCUUACAUUCCAGAGUUGAGAGUUAGCAAGGCGAUCAUUGGUCGAUAGAAAUUAGCUGACUGGAUGAGAGUGUUUCGUUCAUCUUCACUCCCAAAGCUCGCGUAGACCGCCCGGACGCCGUGUUCCUCGAUCACCGUUUUCAUAUUUUUUUUUUAUAUCACCUGUCACGAGAAGUCGGAGCCGGAUGAUCAUCACCACCACUUACAUUAUCGACCCUUGGUCAUGAAGUUGGCAAUCAUACAAACAUCUAUGUUUCCUUGGGGGGAAUAGUACAUCUCACUGAAUGGAGAGGGCAAUCAUCUAGUACACUUAUGAUAAAAUAACUUCAUGUUUUCUUCAACUAUUUCUGUGAUCCGGCUUUUUAGUGGUGGAAAUGUUUACGACUUCUAGUAAAUUGAAAGCGAAUCUGGUAGUACAGGAAACGAACACCGAAACUUUGAACAUCUAGUAAAUUUAAGCAUCGCCUCUCUAGAGUAUUGAGUGCCAUCAUCAUCGAACUGACGUCGCAAAAAGUGGAUUUUUUUCAUAUUUUCUUAAUAUUGAUGACUUUUGUCUCGCAUUACUUGCUCGAUUUUAAUUCUUUCUUCGAUUCGAGGUAAAACACGUGACAUAUCCCUGGACAUCUUACUCUCUCUCCCUCCCUCCCUCACCCCAGCUCUAGACUGAAUGACUGAUCAGCUAUUGAUAAAGUACAAUGACACCAGCGUUCUUCCUGCUUGACAAGGGAACUCUAUCAUCUAUGGUUGGACUCCAAUACGACUUCCUAACCAGGCCUUUUAACCACCUCAUUGCCACCAAAACGAAUUAUCUAACACCAAUGAUCGUUUAGUGCGACCUACAGAUGCGAAGAGGUUAAAGCCCACCAUACCCGGAACGUGAAUCGCAUCAUAGGGGUAAUAGAGAUUUCAGAAGGGUACAACUAGGGUGCGGUUUCACCCCAUUGGUGGCAUGGAGUGGUGAAAGAUAUUCAAUAAUUCAUGGCUAAAUAUUUUAAUUAUCUGAAGGUCAAUAUACCUUGAUAUAUUAACCUUUUAGGGGUAAACGGACGGAUGAUCAUUUGGAAGAAAGUAUACACUCUCGAAGUCUACUGUCAAGAGUAUAUAGCACUAUCACCACCCCAACAAAUUGACCCUAACUGCUCUUCAAUUAAGUCACGCCUUGGACAUUUUGAAUUACCUAUUGAGAGACAACACUUCAACUACUGAUGCAGCUGCACUUAAUAUAUAUGAUAGUAUACGAACGUCAUUUUCUUAGGGUCACGUAUUAUUAAUAUAAGUUGAUCCAUAGGUGGAGAGUUAGUAAUAUGUAUUUUUCUUUUCAUUUUGCUUCCAAUCUGUAUAAUACGAUAAAACAAAAGAUCGAAAGUAAAAUUUCAGCUUGCGGUUAACUCUAUAUGAACAACGAUCGUGUUCAUGUGCAUGACGUCACUCAUCACCUGACAUACCAUCGUAAUUCAUGAGAUGUCACAUGACAGCGAAUCAAUUAUUCCUUUACCCCGAACGGGUUGUGAAACAUUCCUAGGACGAGCCAAACCCUUCGCCAUUCCGGAUAUAUCGUUUCAGCGGGUCAUCGGAAAUAAAACCGCUUAGCGAUGAUUGGUAGAAAAUUAUUUGAAGCCUGGUAGACUACUAUUGUUUUAGAUCUUAUAUUUUUAUGAUUCAACAGAUCCAGUACGUAUCACACCUUAUCGCCCGCCGUCUCUAUCGGUAUCACUCUCCACGUUGGUAAACUUGGUGAGCUCGGAAUCAAAACCGCUGUCAAUUUGUCAAACGUGUGAUUUAUCGAGGAAUAUGGCCACAUAAAUCAUUGUGAUGCCACGAAUGUUCUUGAUGACAUCACGUCUAGAAACCUCCACAUUCUGGACCAUCCUUAAAUGUGAUUUAUUUUCAGCAAGGUGGAACAUUUCGUUGCCUAUGAUUGAUUGAUGAGCAGGAUGAGGAUUGUACAAAAGUGAUUUUUUUGUGUGGAGAAAAUGAGAGUAUAAAAGGCAGAGGAAUCACAUCAUUGUAGGAUAAUUCAACAGUGACGCCAAACGCUUGGUUACACCCAAUUGUGUUUUUCCUUCGUUAUUUUAACCUCGAAUUUAUCGAAGCGAGCUACUUUAUCCGGAUGGAAAGGAGAUGUUUUUGCAUUUUGAUAGAUUCGAAUUAAUGUUAUAUUAUUGCAAACGUGCUGGUUUGUUACAUGGACGUCUCGAUGAAUCAAAGCAAACAUUUUAAGACGAGAGCUGACAACAAUGAGACGGUUUACGACUGAACAUUUUGACUUGUCAAAACAUAUUUAAUAUCUUCGCGUGUUUUCAUAAUUCCUGUGGGGGAAAUAUUUCAUCGCUUGUGCUGAGGUUUAAUUUUAGUGCUUAACAUAACCUUGACUUCAGCAUUCCUUUGUAUGAAACAAAGCCUUUGUCUGAAUUGUGAGUAAAAGGUUUUUAAAACAAUAGACAUCAUUCGCCAAUAACAUUUUCUCUCGUGUGGAUCACAGGCUAGCUAAAACAUCAUCGUCAUAAGAAUCAGCAAACUUUCUACGAGUUCGGUCGCAAGCGAGGAACAUCAUGGAGAAGUGCAAGUUAAGGAUUCGUGACGAUGUGUCUUUGAGGACCAUGUCUUCUCCCUGCACUUUAUGCAUUUCAAACAUCAUGAAAAACUCAGUCUUCCUUCUGGCUUUGUUCACUGUUUUAUCAGCAAUGAGCAUGAACGGAAGACCUGAGUGCCAAUUGGUUCAGCUUCCGAUGUGUGCUUCAAUGCCUUACAACUUAACCAGAAUGCCCAACCUUUUACAUCAUAGCACGCAAGAGAAUGCCAAGCUGGCUAUCGAACAGUUCUUGCCGCUUGUCAACACCAACUGCAGUGGUAACCUGACUUUCUUCCUAUGCGCGAUGUACGCGCCCAUCUGCACAAUGGGUUUCAUGGAAGAACCUGUGCCUCCUUGUAAGAGCAUCUGUCAGAAUGUGAGGGCGGGCUGUGAGCCUAUAAUGGUAGAGCACAACGUGUCUUGGCCUGAAUAUCUGUCUUGUGAUCAGCUACCUGAGUAUACUUCCGGUGUGUGUAUCACCAGAGAUGCCAUCGUUGACUCGGGGCCAACCAUGGACCAGUUCCAACCCACUCCUGCAGUUCCUCAGGUGCCACCGGGGAAUUGCGACGCAUGCCAGUACGAUUAUGAGCUAUCACGUGAUCUGUUUUUCGAGAAGGAAUAUGAAUUUGUGAUUCGUGCAAGGGUCGAGGGUUUCUUUUCCGGUACUCGAAGGGGUGAAAUGUACAUCCGGGUCAUUAUACAUCACGUGGUACAGUUCAGUGAGAUUCACAUACCAGUCGGAGAGGUCCAACUGUGGGUCAACAACUACUGCGCAUGUCCGAUGCUAACGCCCGGUGAAGAAUACAUGAUAAUGUGUUACCAAGAUAUAAUCAACGGUAGAUUGUUACUAGAAAACGACUGCUUGGCGAUUCCAUGGCAGAACAGAUACAGCAAGAGGGUUAAGAAAUGGGGCCAGAAGCUUCUGUACGAUCAGCGAUAUCGAGAUUCAAGUGAUUCAAGGAGUAAUAGAAGAAACAGAGAUCUCUAUUACCUAUAUGGAUAGGUCAGAGGUCUUUUCAUCAGAGGUCAAUGAACUUCUCCGGAGCUGACGUCACAAUCGAUCAUCUUCAAUUAUGUGGCGGAACAUCGUGCAAAUGUUGUCAUAUUUAAAUGACAUGGUUCAGAAUAAGCUUUUAAAGCUUAACGAAUGAUGGUAAAGGAUAAUUUUAAUAAUAGAGGCUUUACAAACAGCUAUUAAUUAUCGUAUAGUGCGUAAAAAUGAUAUCAACAUAAUGUUUUCUUUGCUGGUUUUCAAGAGACUUGAUAUUAAGUUUGAUAUCAAACUUAAAUGUCAAACUCAAUUAUCAAGUCAAAUCCCUUUUAAAGCAUUUUGAGAAAUGAUUGUUAUUAUUAUUUUUAUUAUUAGUAGUAUUAUUAUUAUUAUCAUUAUUAUUAUUAUUAUUAGUAGUAGUAGUAGUAGUAGUAUUAUCAUUAUUAUUAUUAUUAUUAUUUCCAUUGUCCACAACUUGAUGUUCUGUUGGUAUAUUACACAGCAACCGGACUUCUUCCAGAAAUCUAGGGUUAUUGUUCUAUAUUCUAUACUAGUAUUAUUAUUAUUGUUAUAUAUUGUUCUAAAUUAUCAUUAUUAUUAUUAGUAUUAUGCCUAAAAUUGUUAUUAUCGAUUUGAGGUCUACUUAGUUUCACUGAGACAUGAAACUAUUAUUGUCAAGACUUAUUUUAGGGGGUCAUUUAUUAAGUCAUUUUAUUCAUCAUGUUCAUUAAGUAUUAUGAAUGACUCAUGCUAUUUUCGUAUGAUAUGAAAUCGAAUGUGUUUUAAACAUGAUACUUCAGCCUAGUACUGGAGUACAUACAGCCUUAUCAUCGAGAACGUCGUCGAAAUCGGAUGUAAGUUAACGACAUUUUGGUGUGUUUUUUUAAUAUCUUUGGUGAAAAAAUUGCACGAAUUACCAUAGGACAUUUAAACCCAUGUUAUUGGUAACUUGGAAUAUGAAUCUUUCUCUCGUUUCAUUCUUCUUUAUCUCCCUUGUAACGAAAACAGUGACGACAAUGUUGCUAUUAUCGAUAAAAUUAGGAGUCAUACCAGUCUGUGCAUUCUCCAUUAAUACAAUGUGAAUAGAACUAAUUGAAAAGAAAGAUAUGAAGCAGGGAUAUUUCAUGAUAAGCUUUCUUAUCAUAUCCAUGGCCCUUGGAAGAGCGGGGGGGGGGGGGUCUUGGUGUGUGAAUCACUAGAAUUACAAAUUUCAUUCAAUUCGAAGUGUUUUUUUUUUCCUUUUCAAAUUUUUCUUUCAAACAAGCACCCCUAUUAAAAGUCGUUCCCAUGUUGCUGAUCAUAUCAUAAUGAUGCAAACAACUUUUUCAUCAAAAUGAUCACAAAACUUGACUACCUUUCAUAACAUCUUUAUUACAUUGUUGUUAAUCAUAUCAAUGUUAUGAAAAAGUGGUCUUUAUUACAUAAUUAAAAAAUAACUCGUCUUAAAAAAAUGUUUGGCAGGAACAUUGUAUAUUAGGGAGGUUUAUAUUUAAAGAGACUUUCCCCAUUCAUACUUUAUAUGAGGUUUUCACCUAGAAGACGAUGUAUGAACGGUGCUUAUAAAACUUUUUAAAAGACAUGCUACAUACCUAUAGGUGUUUCAUUAUUAGUAUAUUUCAAGCACGGAUUUCUAGUGUAAUCUUCAAGCCCUAUAAAGCUUAUUCUGCUGUCCUUGAUAAAUAUUCGUAGCUCAUUCAAAUUAAUAUUUAUAGCCUGUUUAUAUUUAUGAUGUUUAUAAACACCGGUGUUGGUUUAACACCAGCCCGGAAUAUAUAUAUGUCCACACCAGAGAAGUGUUAAACUAUACCAGUUUGGUUUUGGUCUAACACCAGAUAGGUGUUUAAUCAACACCAAUUUGUAUUAAAACAGCAUGGGUUUGAUUCCAAACUGGUGUUGUUUCAAUACUUCUCUGGUGUGGACAUAUAUAGAUUCCGGGCUGGUGUUAAAUCAACACCGGAGUUUUUGCAGAGUACGGUUUGAAUAUUAGAAAUGCCGUAUUUUAUUUAGACAUCAUGCUCAGGGGGUAAUAGAUGCUAUGUCGGGGUCGAACCAGGCAUGCCACCUAAUACCCCCUGAUUCAUUGACCCUCGACAAAGACUUCAUUGUCAUAAAGGGCAUUGACAAUAGAUUAUUUACGUUCCAGAAAGCGUCUUGCGUAGUGGUUGCGAAAUAUCAUUAUUGAUACGAUAGAAAAUAAACACCAUACAUGAUUUCUGAAUAGCGCCCCCUAUAGAUAUCAGAAUGUUCAUUGUCAGAGUUUUUACUCACCUUUUCAGCCUUUAACAAUGUUAGUCAAAAACUACACAAUUUAACACUUUUUGUUUUUGAAAUUGUAGAUAAUUAUAUUCAGUUAUAUAACAUAAUCAUAGCAUUGUUUCUCUAUUCAUCUGAGCAUUUAAACAGGUACUUUCUUUGUAAAAUUCGAAUUUAUGUUUAGGUUAAGUUAUUUGUUCAGCGAUGAAAUCGCAUUUGUGUUUGUAUCAUUCAAAGUUGUUUUGAAAAACGAGUCUUUGUUCUUGUAUAUCAUUGCUCUCUCUCUUUGUGCUGAUCUGAACCUUUGUUGAUCCUGUAUUUUGAAGCUUUCAGAGGUUCUUCAAAAAGAAGAAAAGUUUUCAAAACAGUCAUUUAGAAACAUUUUUUUUGGUUUUAUUAUAAAAGGAACCCUUUAAGGUUUUAUAUAUACAACCUAUGGGAUUAUCGAUGUUGUUAAAAACAAAUAGGUAGUUUUAAAAACCCUGUACAAAAUUGGCAGUGUUCUUCAUAUCUUCAAAACCCCCAUAGGUUAUACAUGUAUAAAUAAUCUUAAAGGGUUCCUUGUAUAUAGAAUAAACAUAGUUAUAAAGGACUGUUCAGAACCCCUUACUGAUUCUCCGAAGAACAUUCAACUGUUCCAAAAACGAAACAAAAAAGGUUUGAGAAUUUCUAGUCGGUGUUACAAGGAUUUUUUUUCAAUCAAUCGCAAAAAUUCUUAUGCAAAUUUACAAUUGAUAUAUCAAUUUUUAGCUAAAGCAAGUUCAUUUUUAAUGCUUUUUGGAAGAACCAAAUCAGUACUUUGCUACAAAUUUGUGAUAAAAAUUACCAGACUUAUGAUUGAUUUGGGAAGAAAAAUUUUACUUUGAAAAUGAUUGCUAGUUUUUAUCAACACCGCAUAAAAGUUUUUAAUUAUGUUUCAUUUUGUAUUCAUAUGUAUUUGUGUAGUAAUUUCUUGUUAUUUUUUAAUAAUAAAUAUACCAUUAAGAGAA